AAAAUGCCACCCGUUAUUGCUUUCCCAAUGGCACCUGGGACAAUUAUUCCAACUACGAUAAAUGCCAUCAUAACGUUGAGCUACCAGCGAUACCGGAUUUUUCACCUGGCGUCGAAUUGCCCACCUACAUCUACUGUUGUGGUUAUUUUCUAAGUUUAAGCGCUUUGGUUUUAGCUUUAAUUGUAUUUCUAUGCUUGAAAGACUUGAAAUGCCUUCGGAAUACAAUUCAUGCGAAUUUAUUUCUCACAUAUAUUCUAUCAGCCUUAUUGUGGAUAUUAACGUUGUUCCUGCAAGUGAUGACAGAUCACUCCAGUCAAGCUGGCUGCAUUACACUAGUCAUGAUGUUCCAUUAUUUUAAUUUAACGAAUUUCUUUUGGAUGUUUGUCGAAGGUCUCUACCUUUACACUCUGGUGGUGCAAACAUUUUCCAGUGAUAAUUUAGGUUUCCUGCAAUAUGCCCUAAUUGGCUGGGGUUGCCCAGCUGUUAUUGUUUUUGCCUGGUCGAUAGCUAAAAUCUAUGCACCACCUUUAAAUACCGAAAGAUUUAUUGGGUUGGAUGUUGAAUGUCCCUGGAUGAGCGAAUCUCACAUAGACUGGAUACUGCAGGGUCCCACGUCAUUGGUGUUAAUUUUAAAUUUGUCCUUUCUGCUCAGGAUUAUGUGGGUGCUGAUAACAAAACUACGUUCAGCCAAUACCUUGGAGACCCGACAAUACCACAAAGCAUCGAAGGCAUUACUUGUCCUUAUACCACUGUUUGGCAUAACUUACCUGCUGGUGCUGGUGGGUCCCGAACAGGGUAUCAGUGCCAAUGUUUUUGAUAAUGCAAGGGCGUUUUUAAUUAGCACACAAGGCUUUUUUGUGUCGCUGUUCUUUUGCUUCCUCAAUUCGGAGGUACGUCAAACACUGCGGCAUCGUUUCAACAGAUGGCGCGACCACCGCAAUUUAAGUCAUGGCAAUUCACAAAGGAAUCGCAGGAGUCGUUUAUCCAAAGACUAUUCGCAACGGUCCCGAACAGAAAGUUCACGAUUGACCUCCACCAGUCCCCUAUCAACGGGUCACUUUGAAUGAUUUUAUACCU